AGCCCACAGUCAUCCAACACUGCAAGGUGCAGGAUCGUCUGAUACGGCAACUACUACAAGUCAACAAUGUCAACCUAUCAUAAAGCAUCUGGGACGCUUAGUGCCCUUAACACCGAGUGUCGAUCGAUUUGCAGGGUCAACAACAGGCAUUUAUUUUAUACGCUGUGCCGAAUCAGUAUACAAGUCUCUGUUCGAUCAUGAAGAAGGCUUUCCAGAUAUUGUUAAUCGGCUCCAUUUACUCGGUCCUUGCCCAGAGUAUUCGCAACCUCUGCUUAUAUUACACUCGAUAAAUUAUUCUAGACCACCGCAUUUCGUGUUGGAAAAGACACGAGCAUCAUAUUUGGUUGCUUUAACAGAGUUCUUCCAUUCUUGGUCAUCUAUUUGGCCAAUACUCAUGAAGAAAGAGUUCCUUUCCGCCUUCCAUAGGAUCUUCGAUCGUGUGGAAGCCCACGACCCUAAUCUCUCACCUUCUGAUUAUGUUAUUCUGAGGCAAAUAUUUCUUGUCCUCUCUAUUACUGCAUGGGAAACUUGCUCAUCCACAGAGUGCAACACAUACUACCAUAAAGCCUUGGAAUGUGCCCGGAUAACAACCACACCUGAAAACGAGGACCUUCCAGGGCUGCAGUCUUUACUUUUAACUUGUCUAUAUCUUCAACUUACCCGGAAGCACGAUGAGUGGAUACAAACAUGCGGACAGGUUGUUCGACUUGCGCAAUCUUUAGGACUUCAUCGACAUUCCCGACGCUUCCGAUUCUGUGCGGGAGAGAUGGAGUUAAGAAAACGCAUAUGGUGGUGCGUUUACGCUGUUGACAUUGCGUGCAGCAUAGUACACGGUCUGCCGAAAAUGAUCCAGGAUGAUGAUGUGGAUACCGACCUACCUAUUGAUACGGAUCUAGAUGACGCGACUGCCACUGACAUACCGCUCCCCCUUCCGGGAGAGACAACAAGCAUGGCUACAUUCAUCCUCUACGUGAAAUUGCUCAGAAUAUUCUCCAGCUGCCUCAAGUCGCUAUAUACGACUACCAAACGACGAAAUGGUGUCGCCAAAAUCACUGCACUGGAUCACGAGCUGUCAGUGUGGCGCCACAGCGUAGUCCAGUUCCAAGGCAAUGAGAUGAAAGACCAUGACGAUGGUCUACCGGACACUCUUCAUAUGAACUCAGCAGAUCAGUCGUUCGAGACACUUUUUCUACACUUCUUAGGAAACGUGGCUGUUAUCUUGAUUCACCAGCCAGCAUUGACAUUCGACCCGAAGCACCCUCAAUUCAUGAAGAGUCUGUCGAGGUGCGUUCGUGCAGCACUCAAUAUACUCAGUAUGUUGGGAAGCAGCCAUGAUGACCGAAGACUUCACUGUUUGUUCCCGAACAAGUCAUCCAUAGUCUUCCAGUCGACGCUGCUGUGCUUCUAUCAUCAAUGGAUGUGCAUGGCGUCUUCAUUAACGCCAAGCCACAAUCUUGAUCCCUUGAUGGGCAGAAUAGUAGAUACUGCCCUCAAGCUUCUCGAUAUGCACAAGGCGGAACUAGUUACUCCUGAUACCAGUUCAAACACGACUAUUGACGUUCAGACGAUCUCAGCUGCUCAAAACCUUGUUCGGUUGUUUUCGAAUCGCAUAGAGCAUGCAGGAGAUGCGCCCGUGUCUACGGUACCGGCUUCUUCGAUGACUCAAACCCCUCCCUCAUCAUUCAUCUUCACACCGCCAGCUGGCCUGGGUAGUCAUGAACCACUGAGAUUUGAACGAGAAUCACAAAUGUCAACAAUUCCUCUUGACUUUGGGAUAUUGGAAGACGGUUUUCUCGACAACGGAUGGCUUUAAGGGAUAAGGAUACUUUAAUGGAUGCAAACAAAGGUGUUUACUCUAAUCGAAUCAGAUAUACAGAUAAAGAAAUUGUC